CUCUGGCGGAACCUUUUAGUGCCGCGCUCGCGUUGCCAGGCCGCGCGCCUCACGCAGUUGCGCCCGCUGUUGGGACUACUUCCGGCUUCCCCGCCCCGCCCCGCCCCCGGGCGUCUCCAUUUUGGUCUCAGGUGUGGACUCGGCAAGAACCAGCGCGAGAGGGAAGCAGAGUUAUAGCUACCCUGGCCGCGGAGCCGGCUCACUGCACUACCCCCGCCGCCUUCUUUCCUCCAGACGCCGAAGUCGCGGGCGCUCAUGGCGGGCCUGGAGGUACUGUUCGCAUCGGCAGCGCCGGCCAUCACCUGCACGCAGGACGCGCUCGUCUGCUUCUUGCAUUGGGAAGUGGUGACGCACGGCUACUACGCCUUGGGUGUCGGUGACCAGCCGGGUCCCAAUGAUAAGAAGUCAGAACUGCUGCCAGCUGGGUGGAACAACAAUAAAGACCUGUAUGUCCUCCGGUAUGAGUAUAAGGAUGGGUCCAGAAAGCUCCUUGUGAAAGCCAUCACUGUGGAGAGCAGCAUGAUCCUCAAUGUGCUGGAAUAUGGCUCACAGCAAGUGGCAGACUUGACCCUGAACUUGGAUGAUUAUAUCGAUGCAGAACACCUGGGUGACUUCCACAGGACCUACAAGAACAGUGAGGAGCUUCGGUCUCGUAUUGUGUCUGGAAUCAUCACACCUAUCCAUGAGCAGUGGGAAAAAGCUAACGUAAGCAGUCCCCACCGGGAGUUCCCCCCUGCUACCGCCAGAGAGGUGGACCCACUCCGGAUUCCUCCACACCACCCACACACCAGUCGGCAGCCUCCCUGGUGUGAUCCCCUGGGCCCGUUUGCUGUCGGGGGAGAAGACUUAGACCCUUUUGGGCAUCGGAGAGGUGGCAUGAUUGUGGAUCCCCUGAGAUCUGGCUUCCCAAGAGCACUUAUUGACCCUUCCUCUGGCCUCCCGAACCGACUUCCUCCAGGCGCUGUGCCCCCAGGAGCUCGCUUUGACCCCUUUGGACCCAUUGGGACCAGCCCACCCGGACCUAACCCAGACCAUCUCCCCCCGCCGGGCUACGAUGACAUGUACCUGUGAAGGCCUCAAGAAUGUAACAUCCCAGGCUUCCCUCCACUCUCCUGGAGCUGCCACUGCUGUCCCCAUCAGCAACCAUGUUCUUGCAGGCUGGGGGCAAGGGAUUCUGCUCAUGUGUUUGCAGACCGGCUGGGAUAGCCUCCCCACCCCUUAUCAGAGCCAAGACACCUGCUGCAGCUCUCCACCUAGCUGCAGAUAGCUCCCAAAGAGAAAUCAGUGUGUCUCUUUCACCACCAGCUCCUCCCCUUUCACCACCAGCUCCUCUCCACUUCCCAAGGGAGACUCCGGCAACCUCCAGCAACAUAUAUCCUCGACCAGAUGCAGUGCUAUAAGAACAGAACGCAUUUUGGAUGUUAUUAUUAAGAACCAAAUGUCAAUACAGAACUCAUGUUGCCGGUUUCCCACUUUUCUUUUUACAUUAAUGCAUAGCUGCUUCCAUUUAUGAGACUUUAGAGUUUGAGUUUCUGUAGGGCUGAAUGACUCUUUUUCCUGCCCAGGACCUAUUCUUGCUUCUCAGGCACCUUCUGUUCAUUAAUUGCCAUUGCUCCUGACAUCACUAAAAUGGGUCCCCAUCUGGCUGCAUGAAUGGAAAUGAGUGACUGGAAAUCCCAUAGGCCACAAGAAUGACUUUCACAAGGGCAGGAACAUUGUGGAAAGACUACAUCAUUCUGAUGAGGCAAAAUCCUCCAGCUAUUCCUGUCUGGGCCAGUUUUGUAGGUCCAUCUAUGCAUGGGCAGCAGUAGUCAAAAAGCCAAGGAAAAAACAGAGCAGACCUGAAGGCUAAUCUUAUUUUUGCCACUAACUUAGUGAAUGACCCUAAGCAAGUCCCUUCUCCUCUUAGGGCCUUGUGCCAAGCCUAUGAAAUUGGAGGUGGCUUUCCUGCUCUAAAGCAUUUUGAUGUCUCAUUCUGUGUUUGGUAACCCCUAUAAACGGGCAGAGGAAAAGAAUGACGGUUCAAGGCCAUACUUCCCUUGAACCUUGUGUGGUUCUUGCCUAACUCUGUGGUUUUUGGACCCCAUGGGGCCCAGACAGAGCACAGGAGCAUGGGCUACAUUUGAGUGUGGUGUUGAACUUCGGGAGGAGCAGGGAGCCCUGUACCUUGUGUCCCGGCCCAGCUGACCUUUGGUGUUCUCCGGAUCCUUUUCAGCCCGAGACCUGACAGACGCGGGCAGUGAUGAGCCCUGUUCUGGAGUGGAAAGAGCACGAUAGAGCACCAGGCUAAGAGGCACGAGAUCAAGGCGGUAGUCACUUCCGCUCUUCAGCUAGCAUUUCAACCAUAUGUGGGUCCUUUCAUUUCUCAGCUCUCUGGAUUCCUUCCCCUAAAUUAGGACCUAUUGUUUACCUGUAGGUAAGCAAGCUACCGUAGCUCUUCUGAGGUAUCUGCCAGGCUGUUUUCUAUAGCCUCAGAUUGCCUAUCUGCUUAGCCUGAGAACAGGUAGAUGAAAACUAAACUGAUGCCUAGGCCCAGGGUCAGUCUCAGAUGGAAGCUGGGCCUGGGUGGGGGAGGCUAGCAUGCGUGACUCCCUAGGUAUUUCUGUCAGUCCCCAUGGCAAGCAGUGAUUUAGUAAAAGACCCCAGAGUCAGGGAAGCCAACCACCUUGAAACCUUUAGAACAUCUCUGCUUUGGAGAAAGACCCAGAGAUCAGGCGGAGGUGCAGAUUCAAUCAUUACUCAUAACCUUCUUUGAGAGCUGGCAAAUGGGAGGAGUGCUAGUCUUUGUUUUGGAAUUGGACCAUACUUGCAACCAAAAGGACUUAGAGCAGUUUGCUCAUAAAGACAUCCUUUAUUAUAAAAGGAAGUAUUCAAAGGAUGAUAGAGACCAUCAGACAGAAGCAGGGAAGGUAGAUAAUUUUUAGGACCUUGAUGUGAGGAAAAGAUAAAAUUUAAACAAUAAAUUUGCCACUUAGAUUUUCUAGUAGCAAAGGCUGAAAAGAUAGUCGUAUACAAAAUUCUGUUUUCUGAAAACAAAAUUGUGAUUCACCUGCAGAAUCGGCCAUUUUUUUUUGUGAGUUUCCUUACAUCAAGGACACUGAGAAACACAGUCAUUGUCUUAGGUGUUCUAUGGGAGGAAGUGAAUAGAGCCUUUAGGAACUUCCUGGUCAAGCUUAUGGUGCUUAUUUUGGUCUGGGCCACUUUCCUCCUUCCAGUCAUGAGUAAUCAUCAAGCAGCAAGUUGGAGUGUUUCAGGAGUAUAUUUUGUAGAACCCAAAAGAUUGGAGCCUUAAGAAUAAACAUCAGCACUAAGUGACCUGUUCCUCUUUUUAAAUAGCAGCUUUAUUGAGAUAUAAUUUACAUACCCAUAAUUUACAUACCCAUUUAAAGUAUACAAUUCAGUGGGUUUAGUAUGUUCACAGUGUUGCACAUCCACCACCAUUUCUAAUUCCUGAACGUUUUUACCACCUCAUAAAGAAACCACACACACAUUGGCAUGACUCCCCAAUCCCUUGCUCCCAGCCCCAGGCAACCGCUAACAUCUGUCUCUAAAGAUUUUUUUUUUUCUGGACAGUUCUCAUAAAUGGAAUCACUCAGUA